UAGUUCCAACAAGAUCCCAAAGACCUGGAGGAAAGCAAGAGUCAUUGCUCUACCAAAACCUGGCAAAGACCCUGCAAUCCCUAAGAGCUUUAGGCCAAUUUCCUUACUGUGCCAUGUGUACAAGCUGUUUGAACGCCUCCUUCUUAACCACAUAUCUUUGUUUGUGGAUGACCAUCAUAUCCCCGAGCAGGCAGGCUUCAGACCUGGAAAAUCAUGCACAGGACAACUCCUGAAUCUUACACAGUUCAUUGAGGAUGGUUUUGAGAACAAGAAAAUCACAGGUGCUGCUUUUGUUGAUCUUUCUGCAGCAUAUGACAGUCAUCCACCGAAUCCUCAACAAGAAAUUGUAUGAGAUGACCUCAGAUGUCAGGCUGACUGAGCUGAUCUGUAACAUGCUGUCAAACUGCAGAUUCUUUGUAGACUUAUGUGGCAGAUAGAGUAGAUGGAGGACACAGAGGAACAGACUUCCACAAGGGAGUGUGCUCGCCCCCUGUUGUUUAAUAUCUACACAAAUGACCAACCCACCCAACCAGACACUAGACGCUUCCUCUAUGCUGAUGACCUCUGAAUUGCAUCUCAAAGGGAUACUUUUGAAGAAGUAGAGGAUUCCCUUUCAAUGCCCUUGACCUGCUCAUCCCGUAUUAUGCCACCAAUCAUCUUAGAGCCAACCCAGACAAAACACAAACCACUGCCUUUCAUUUUAUAAACAAGGAAGGCAACCGCCAACUACGGAUUAGCUGGUAUGGAAAACAGCUGCAACACAUCACCAAGCCAGUCUACCUAGGGGCAACACUUGACAGGUCCCUCACAUUCAAGGAUCACAUCACUAAAACUAAGGCAAAUAUGGGAUCUAGGAAUAGUAUCCUCAGGAAGCUGACCAAUACAAAGUGGGGUGCUGAUGCCAAGACAGUACAUACAACAGCACUCGCUUUAUGCUACUCUACUGCAGAGUACGCGUCACCUGUCUGGAGUAGAUCAGCUCAUGCCACCAAGAUCGACCCUGUUCUGAAUUCUGCAUGUUAGGUUAUAACUGGCUGCCUAAAGCCCAUGAAGGUUGAGGGCCUUUACCUACUGAGUGGGAUUGCACCCCCUAGCAUCCCCAGGACUGUCGCAUCUCACAAGGAAAAACUGAAGCAGGAAAAUGACCCUCGCCACCCUCUUUUAAAUUAUUAACCAACAAGGAAGAGGCUGAAAUCCAGGCACAGUUUCAUGCACUCUGUGGAGGCACUAAACAAAAGCCCGGACAAGCAGCGUGUAUCCCUGUGGACUGACGUCUUACCAACGCACCACAUGCAGUGUCUACUAUCAACCCGGAGGAAACUCUACCAUCUGGUGCCAGCGAGGCAUGGUCUUUCUUGCUGCAACCGACUAAGAAGUGCUGUUGGACGUUGCAGAUCCAACCUAGCAAAGAGGGGUAUAGUGAGAAUGAUGACACCACCUGCCAAUGUGGAGAGGAGUAGACUAGGCAACAUCUACUUGUCAGUCCACUUCUACCAGAGCCUUGCACUCAAGAAGAUCUGGCAUCUCUGACCCCGUGUGCGAUGCAAUGCAUCCACCGCUGGACUGGGACAAUCUAAGUGUAUUUUUUUGAGGCGUAGUGACUCGAGAAGAAGAUAUCGUUACUACAGUAAACUCCAGCUAAGUCGGCACUCUCGGGACUCAAGAAAUUAUGACGACUUACGCGAAUGCCGACUUCUGUUAUUGCUGAACCAUGUCUUGCCACCUUGAGGGGGUUAUAAAGCAGGUUACAAGUUGGAAAGAGAAGUGCUGGUAGAAAUGUUCUAACUAUGGUCGACCAGUCUGGGGCAAAUGGCACCCUUGGCUCCCCCUCAGGUGUACAAAACACCAUGGACCCUAUAUUGCAGGCAACAAUUAACAAGCCAAAAGAGAAGGAGAAACCCCUUGUGAUUCCAUUGAUAAAGCGUAAUGCAUAUGGAAGUCAUGGAAGCCAACAGUCAGAUGAAAGGAAGACAGCAGAAGAUAGGUCCGAGAUCUUAAAUACUUCUGCAGACAACCUUGAUGAUGAUGCUAUCAAAGAAAUCAUCCAAGAUGCUGCUCAAUAUAAUGAAGAGUGGGAGGGGCGUGAUAGGGAAGAUGUCAACUUGACCAUUCCUCUUCUGAUGCAGAACAGAGCCCCUGAGGGAACUGAGACUGAUGAGAAACUUGAUGUCUCUAUCAGACCUGAUGAGGCAUCUGCUGCUGAUUAUGACCAGGUCCCUAUUGAGCAAUUUGGGAUGGCCAUGCUCAGAGGAAUGGGAUGGAAGGAGCACGAAGGAAUUGGUGCUAAGAUGAAGAAAGUUGUAAAGCCCAUUGAGGCAGUUUUGCGUCCCAAGGGUCAGGGCCUUGGAGCAGACAGAAGACCAGGAGAUAUGCUUGAGAGAAAGAGGUCUUUGAAGGUAAAACCUGGGGAUAAGAAAGAGGAAGAGGAAGUCAAGAGGUUUUCUAAGGGGGUUGGAGUACUUGUCUGUAGUGGAGCUCACAAAAACCUGUAUGGAAAGAUUGAGGGAGUAGAUGAGGAUAAUGCUCGUCUGGUCAUCAAGCUGGCACUCAGUGGCCAAGCAGUAACUCUCAGUCAAUAUAAUGUGACGAUUGUUGAGAAGGAGGAAUACAAGCGAUUCUCAAAAGACAUAAGUCAUUUUAGUAAAGGAUGGGAGAAGAGUCAAGGCAAAGGAUCCCAGAGAGAUUACAGACAGAGUGAAUAUCGAAGCAGUAAGGACAAGGACUCCAAUAAAUACAGAACUAGUAAUCAUAAUAAAACAAGUGAUAGUCCUGGAGAGAGAUAUGGAGACAGCAGUGUGAAAGGAAAAGACAGUGGGAGUCCUAGAAAUGGUCAUCCAAGGGAAGACAAGAUGAGUGACUGGAAUCAUAAGGAUAAGCCCUUUGAAACACAGUACAGUGACAGGAAGGAGAGAAGCCUGGAGAGAUGUGGAAAAAGGAGAAAAAUUGAUAAGACUUCAAGGAGUGAAAUUAUCAAUAGUGGUGAUACCCAUAUUGGGAAUGCAGAGUCCAAGUACCAAACCUGUUGGCUUAGGCCUGAUCUGAGGGUGCGUUUCAUUGACAGAGAGUACAAGAAGGGCAGAUACUACAAUAGCAAAGUCUGUAUUGUGGAUGUUGUGGCACAUGGAAUUUGUACUUGUCAGAGUGAAAAUGGCAGGAUUUUAGAAGAUAUUGAACAAGGCAUGGUAGAGACAUUAAUACCAAAGACGGAGAUGGCCUGUGUCAUGAUUGUUGCUGGAAAAUACAGUGGACAGUUGGGGUCUUUGGUGAAGAGAGACAAAGCCAAAGCAAAAGCUGAUGUCCAACUUCUGAGAGAUCGGAACCAGAUUAAAAGACUGGACUUUGAUGACAUAUGUGAAUAUGCUGGCAAUAUACACAAUGAGGAAGAUUACUAGGUUGUUCAAGAAGCUGUUAAUUAGGAGACAGUGAGAACCAGAGGCUUUGUUUUUAUGUUAUCAAAAUUUGUAAAUAAUACGCUGAGUGCAUGAAGUUGGAGUUUAUUGUGCAAGCCCCUUCCCUGUUCCACCAUUGUUUGAAGAGCUGAUGACUGCUUGGGACAGACCUCCAUGGACAGUGGUAAGAGAUGAUACAGCAUGCUUCAUCUGGAACUGAUGAACAAGUUCAUUCCUACAUUACAGGUGUAUGUAUGUGGAAUGUAUUUGGUAUUAGUUGUUUUUUCUUUGGGGGGGUGCAGAUACUCCACCCAUUUUCUCUGCUGUCAUUUCAGUGUACUUUUUUGUUGAGGAUUGAGUUUUUCUGCUGAUGUUUUGCAAUAAUUUUGAGAAAAAUUAAACAAGUCAUACUAAUCUGGAAGAAUGUCCACUUUUGCAAAACAGGCAGGCUAAGAAUGUCAACUUUUCCCAUUGGGUGUGCCAACUGAAAAAGUUUUAACUAUAAACGUAUACAUGUAAGUGUGUUCAGUAAGUGGAAAAAAAAAUCUGGUCGUAUUGAAUCAAAAUACAUGUACAUGUAG